CACGGACGCAGACCGGUUAUAGACGUAUAUAUCUCAAACUGUCCUUUGACUGAAAUUCUGCAGACGAUCGAAGCUGUCAUCAGAUCUGAUCUCCUUACCAACGAUCAAGUUUGUGUUGUUCGGUUGGGACCUUCUAGAAAUGCAUGUUUAAUGAUGAUUUGCUGAGAUCACAAGGAAUAGUGCUGGGAUGGCGGAGGAGGAGGGUCAUGUGGAGUAGCAGAAUUCCGGGCCACCGGGCGUCGGAAUGCCACAGGGCUCCGUCUCGCCACUGCCAGUCCUGUUGGCGCUCCUGGGAUACGCAAUGGCUGGACUCCACCUUUGGCCCUCACUCCACGUAGCCCUUAGUAACGCCAGCGUGUUCAUCGACUACAGCACGGAACGGAACGACACGGUAGAGUGCAACACCACCCUGUCUCUGGUCGACACGGAAACCAACACCACUGUCCUGACCAGGAACCUCCCCUCCAACCAAUCAGAGGGCAGAGUGGAGUUCAACUGCUCCUGCUUCCUGUAUGCCGGAAAAUUCAGAUUCCGUCUGGAACAGACCAGAUAUGCUAUAGUCCAUAAUACCAAUGGGAGUGACAUGGGCAGUACAGAAGUGGCCACCCUGUGGUGGAGUCCAGAACUGAAGGUGGAGUGGCCCACCAUCCACAUUGCCGUGGAGAGGUCCAGUAACCAAUCAGGUUCCUUUCAGGUAGGUAUCUCCACCAACGAGCACUUCCAGUCGUGCUCCAGCGGAUUCGGCUCCGCCCUCUACCUGGAAGUGAGCUACCUGGAGUUCAACCAGAUCGGCCGCAACAGCAUCGACAAGGUCCGCGCCCGCACGCGACUCCCCAUCAAAGCCUUGCAUUCCCAGACCAUGGAGCUGGCCUGCGCCUUCCCCUUCACAGAGAGGGACUUUGUCACCGUGGCCCUGCGCUCCACCCACACCGCCCAGGACGUGAAGACCUCGGGGCCUCUCUACCUCUCGCGGAUCUUCUCCUACAAGCUGCUGGUGAACAACCCCCAAGCUUACCGGACCGGCUGCGAGGGGACCGUUUCCGUGCGCCUGAUCACGCCGCCCUGCGCCCACAUCAACGGGAAGGUGCGCCUGUACCGGGACGGGCCGCCGGGGGGGAGGGGGGCCUCCGGUAGCCCCGGGGGGGCGGGGGCGGGGCUGGACGGGCCGGACGACCCCUCCUCCCCCCUGCUGGCGUUCAAGUGGUUGACGCACGGGGAGAACGAGACGGAGUUCAACUGCUCGGUGUUCGAGCCGGGCCGGAACAAGUACUGCUUCCGCUUCGUGCUGAAUUUCAGCCGCUCGCCCAGCCCGGCGCAGACCUGUCUGGUGGUCCACAGGAGUGCAGAGACCUGGGGUCUGUGGCAGGCGUGGAGCAUGUGCAGUGUGAGCUGUGGGGAAGGAGUGAGGGAGCGGGUGCGUGAGUGUCUGUUGCCCUCUGGGGGCGGCGGGCUGCAGUGCACCGGCAUGAUGAAGGAGCAGUCGCUCUGCUCUCUGGAUGACUGUGCAGUGCUGGCCCCUCCCACCCCCUCCAACCCCCCCACCCCGGCAGGGGUGAGUCUCCUGGGGGGGAACCUGGUGGUGAUGGCCGGCAUCUCCCUGUGCCUGGCUGUCAUCCUGGCCACCGUGCUGGUGACCGUGUGGAGGAAGCUCUGCAGGGCCCCUCCGUGCAGCUCCGUACGCCGCGCCUCCAUGCACUCCCCCGGGGGCCGCAAGCUCUCCGACGAGGCCUCCAUCUGCGGGCACAGCCUCCAGAGACCCAGCCUGUCGGAGAGCCAGGGCCAGGGGGCGCUGGGGUUGGGGCUUGCCCAGGCAGGGAGUUCGCCGCUGGGCGGCCAGGCUCUACCGCAGCCCGUGGUUCUCCCUCUGGCCCAGGACCCUGACAGGCUGUCUCCUUCAGGGCAAAAGGUGCUGCCACCUAUCUUUGGCUAUCGCCUGGCCCAGCAUCAGCUGAAGGAGAUGAAGAAGAAAGGCCUGAAGGAGGCCACCCAGGUCUACCACGUCUCCCAGAGCCCCGUCCACGACACGCUACUGGAGACCACCGCAACACCCACCGCCGCCUCCACCCCAACCCCAGCAGGGCUCACCUCCCCUGGGCUCACUCCCAGCCCCGUGGCCCUGGACCUCCAGGAGGAGGCGAACCUCAGCGGCUUCCGCAUCGCAGUCCCCUUUCCCGAGGCGUGGGCCCCACCACGGAGCUGCCACACCUUACCGGACAGGCUGAGCCCCAGGGUGGAGCUCGUCCUGGGGGCCCCCGCGGCGGGAUACGCCAGCGGGGGGAGCGCGAAGAGGCGCGACCGCACAGCCGACUGGGUGGAGAUGGUGGAGAGGAGCAGCUUGGGGGGGCUGAGAGGAGGGGGAGCGGGAGGGGCCCCCUAUCAGAGGAACCCCAACUUCCGGCGGACCCUAAGUUUUCACGACACCAAGCCCCAGCCCCCUCCCCUGGCCUCCUCUCGGCCUUACAGAGAAAGGAGCAUGUCUCAGGUGGCUCCCAGAACCGUCCCAGAGGGCAGCUGCAAAACCAGGGGAGCCUGGGAGAACCAGGCCUACCCUCCCUACCACUCCUACCCCAUCCCAGAGCAGGGGCCCGCCGACUGGGCGAGGAGCCCAGCCAGAGCCCCUGGGGACAACCGGAGAAGGCCGUGGUUGGAGACAUCGGGUCCCACUCUUACCAGCGACACCAAGCACACGGGGACCAACACUUCAGCAGCCACCUCCAUGACCGAGCUGGCCGGUAAAGCAGAGGUCAGGGGAGGGAUGGGUUGGCUGAGGGGCGGUGGAAGAGGAGGAGGAGGGGGAACCUCUGGGAUCGGUGGGCCGGGGACACGUGGCGACGGAGCCCACCUGGGAGUGGAGCGGGCGGAGCAGAAGUGGAGCCGCCGCGGCCCGUCCCCCAUCCAGAGGAACAUCCUGGCCCGCAAGCUGAAGGAGGCCCAGUCCUGCUCGCCGGCCUCCGGCCCCCGGGGGCGCCAGCGCAGCUCCACCUUCAGCGCGUCGGCCUCGGAGCAGAGGAAGAGCCGCUGCCGCUCGCUGCCCCUGUCGGGGGACUACAGCAGCAGUGGCUCCCCCUACGGGCUGAGUGAGGAGGAGCAGAGGAUGCUGGACCUGGACCUGGCCUACCUGGGGGAAGUGGAGUACUCACCUGGACACACCUGAGGGGAGGGGAGGGGAGGGGAGGGGAGGGGAGGGG